GAUCCCAGAUCGCGUAUCCGUGUAGUUUGGUAACGUAACUCCAUUUAUGCGGUGGUCUUUGCAGCAGCGCAAAUAUGAAGCAACUCGACGUGUACAGUAUCGCUCGAUGCGAACAUUCCGUGAUCAUCGUAUUCCUUCAGCUGAUCCUCAUCAGUGUGUUCUUGGUAUGCACGAUCUACGAUGUCCAAGCGGAUGCGAGCGAAACGAGGAAUUCCUUGCACUACGUCUACGGCGGCUUCAAACCCGAAUCAAACUCAAUCUACAAAUUCUACAAUAUGUUCCAAGAUGUGCACGUGAUGAUCUUCGUGGGCUUCGGUUUCCUGAUGACAUUCAUGAAACGGUACGGCUUCAGCGCGGUGGGAUUUAAUUUCCUGGUGGCAGCACUCCUCGUCCAAUGGGCCAUCCUCUGCAACGGCUUUUAUCACAUGGACGAGAACUACAAGAUACCAAUCAGCAUAGUGAGUCUGCUGAAAGGAGACGUCGCUGUUGCCACCGUUCUCAUCUCGAUGGGCGCCGUCCUGGGUAGAACCUCACAUAUGCAGCUCAUCUUCAUGGGUCUCUUGGAAAUAGCUUUCUUCUCAUUCAACGAAUACAUAGCCGCCAAAUUCUUCAUCGUCACUGAUGCUGGUGACUCGAUGUUCGUGCAUGCAUUUGGUGCGUACUUCGGUUUAGCCGUGAGCUUCGUCCUUACAAGGAAACAAAAGUUAACCGAUGAAGAACGCAGCAUGGAAGCAUCUAGUUAUAUGUCCGAUAUGUUUGCUAUGAUCGGUACUGUAUUUUUGUGGGCUUUCUGGCCCAGCUUCAACUCGGCCGAAUUGGAAGGCGAUGCUCAGCACAGAGCCAUCAUCAACACGUACUUGUCGUUAACAGCAAGUUGCGUGGUUGCUUACGCAUUUUCAUCGGCUUUCACGCCUCACCACAAAUUCGAUAUGGUCCACAUCCAGAAUUCCACUUUAGCUGGUGGAGUAUCUAUUGGAACAAUGGCCAAUUUGAUGGUGCAACCAUUCGGAGCUCUCAUCAUCGGUUCAAUGGCCGGAGUCCUUUCAGUCAUCGGUUACUGCUUCAUCACCCCAUGGGUUGACAAUAAACUGAAGGUUAAGGAUACCUGCGGAGUGCACAAUUUGCAUGGAAUGCCUGCUUUAUUGGCUGGAGCAGGAGGAGCUCUCUUCGCCUUCUUAGCCAGCGAGGACUCCUACAAAAUGGGACUGUAUCAAAUCUUUCCUGCCAUGGCUUCUCCUGAUUUAAAGGCAACCGACGAAUACCCACUGCUCGAAGGUGGAUUAGGAAGGACGUCCGCUCAGCAAGCAGGAUAUCAGUUGGCAGCCCUUGGUUGCACGCUCGGAAUCGCGAUAGUUUCCGGUCUAUUCACAGGUCUGUUUGUUUCGAGCCCAUUGACUUCCGGACAAAGUCGCAACGGAGCGUACAAGGACGACCCCUGUUGGUUGAUCCACGAACACGAACAUCCCACAGAGCUGCCGUUAAAAGUGAGCACUGUCAGCGAGCACGUUACAGAUAUCCAUCCACCCACGAUAGUGACGACGCCGCAAAUUUGAAUUUCCCGCCUCUAACAAGCGCGGACAACCCGUCAUAUAGUCUUCGACCCUAGUCAGUUAUUCUGUGUAAAAUUUAGUGGCACCAAAUAAAUCGUUAAUUAAUCUUA